GCGAGAAGAGGCAAGGCCGUUCCGAGGGACGGGCGUACUUCCGGGGUCGCGUCCGCUAUCCUGCAGAGGACAGGACGUCACCCGUGGUCUGAGGGCCGCAGCCGCAGGUACCAUGUUCCUGACCGCCCUCCUCCGCCGCAAUCGCAUUCCUGGCAGACAGUGGAUUGGGAAGCACCGGCGGCCGCGGACCGUGUCUUCCCAGGCGAAGCAGAACAUGAUCCGUCGCCUGGAGAUAGAGGCGGAGAACCACUACUGGCUGAGCAUGCCCUACCUCACCGCGGAGCAGGAGUACGGCCACGCCGCGGAGCGCAGGGCGGCGGCCUUCGAGGCCAUUAAGGCGACCAGCGUGUCCAAGUUCCCCCCACACAGAUUUGUGGUAGACCAGCUCGACCAUCUCAAUGUCAGCAAAAAGUGGUCCUGACCCGGAGGCAGUCACAGGGCUGCCACCUCUGGACUGAUUCUGGAACCGAAGGAGGGGGAAAAAUGAUCCUUUGGACCACUCUUAUUGAACAGCAAGCAUGAGUAUAGUGGUCUGCAUAUAGAAUAUCUGGGACUCCAAACUCUCUAAUAAAACUUAAUAGUUCAGUCUCUGUGACAGUGUUUCCUUUUCUGUCACCCUGAUGGGAAGAUACAAGAGAUUUCCUAAGUCACAGAGGAUACAGAAUGUAUUCCGGAUGAAAGCUUCAAAAAAAGCUACGAACUAUGGUUUGGAAUCUCUGUUUAAUUAUGAAAUACUUGAUGGGGCCUUACCUUUCUUACGAAGAAUAAUUGCCUAAACAUAAGUGGAAAAAAAGUUUUUUUGGUUAAACAUACUCCUAAAAAUAGCAUUUUCUUCUGGGAUCGCUACCAAAAGAUACUUAAAUGAAGUAAAAGGUACUCAUCGGAACUGCUACAUGAAGUUGUAUUUUAAAAACAUUUUGAGGUGCCUGGGUGGCCCAGUCCUUAAGCGUUUACCUUCAGCUCAGGUCAUGAUCCCAGCAUCCUGGGAUUUGAGCCCUGGGUCAGGCGCCCUGCUUGUGCUCUCUCCUUUUCUCUGUCAAAUAAAACCUUUAAAAAAAUAAAAUAUAAAAACUUCUUCUGAGGUACCUGGGUGGCACAGUCCGUUAAGCCCCUCUAACUUGUGGUUUCCCCUGAGGUGGCGAGAUCCAGCCCUGCAUAGGGCUUCAUGCUGGGCGGAAGGGGGUGGGGGCAGGCGCUUCUUAAGAUUCUCUCUCUCUGCCCCUCCCCCUACCUCAAAUAAAUAUUUAAAAUUUUUAAAAAAAUUU